AUGAGUUCGGCGUAUUUCCGUGUACUGUUGCAUUUCGUCUUUUGCAGCAUGCAGACCAAUGCGAUGGGCGUAGCCGAAAAUCUCUUAUUUUCGUUGGUUUCAUUCGAAAGCGAUAUGGAAAACUGCCAGUUCAGAGCAAGAUGGUGGCCAGCCUUUAGGAACUACGUCAAGGGGCAGGUGUGCAUUGCCUCAUCAUCGCUGCUUUUGCGAAAGAAGUUUCCUGUCACAGAAGAGAUAAAGCUAUUCAGUCAUUGCGCGGUGUAUUACGCACUGGCAUUGCAAUUUCUUCGAUCAUUGGAUCUCCCUGCCGAUGAACAGAUGGAAAAGUGGUGGGUUCAGAAUGUGUAUUUUUGCACCAUUGAAGCAGAAGUGCUUCUGGAACGCAUGAAGAUGUUUUUGCAGUCGCAUGGGGCAUUGUGCGACGUUGACACCAAUUUUGCGACGGCUGAGAGCCUUUUGAGCGCGUUUUCGCUCGUGUUUCCGUCCCGAUUUUUGUCCCGGAUGAAGAAGAAUUGUUUAUCGACCACUUUGAGCCAACCGAUAGUCGAUACGUUUCCGAUGCCGCGACACGAAUUCGAUCGGUGUCUGAGAGAAUUUAUGGGACGCAGCAACACUCCAGACUCUCUCGACCGCGUUCUUUGGAUUUUCAAGGAUUUUUGGAACUCACAGUUGUCCAGCCUUGACUGCAGUGACAAAUUUCAUGGCAUCAUCUCACAAUUGUUCGACAAUUUGCAGUGUUUUCCAGAAAACUUCCAACACAUUUCGAUUGAAUCCAUAAGCCUGUUGGAUAUUUAUGUUUUUUUGAAUCGCUGCGUAUUCGAAUGGCCGAAGACGGCGGAGGUCUCCAAAUUAUCAUACUUGCCGGGCGACGUUUUGUCGAACAAGUGGGAGCGUGAGUGGUAUAUGGCGGUGCUGAAACUUUCUAGAGAUAUUGCCAGUGGAAAAGACCGUGUCCGAGUUUCAGAUGGUCUCGAAGUAUUGCGCCUGCGUUGUAACCCGGAGCGUGAGAUUCAGUUGUUGAUCAGUACUGUGACGCUGUUGGAUCGACUGAUGAUGUUCAUGAGCAAGAACAAUUUUGAUCGACAGAACAUUGUGCGUGUGUCUGACUACGCUGUAGAAUAUUGGAAGGUCAUCGGUCGCGUUGUUUCCUCCAGUCGAAUACCAAGUCAAAAGAUUGCUGCUGAUACAUACGCUCCGCUGACUGCGUCUGAUAGAGAUUAUUACUUUCAACUAAGCAAAUACUUCCAAGCGGUGAAUAACAUUUUUCACGACUCUAACGAUGACGCACUAAAGGCGUUGGAACAUCUGGAAACGCCCCUUGCGUUGUAUGGUCAAUAUUUGGCGUACAAAAAAAAAGCUGAGGCAUUGCCUUUGGGUUUACAAGAUUCUUCGGUUUCGACGGAAAAACAUUCUUUACUCCAGAAGGCCUUUAGUUCGCUGCAAGCUUUCGAAAAGCGAAUUGGCGAAGACAUAAAGGCAAGUUCUUGUAAGCAAUGUGGAUUUUCGGUUGAUGCUGAGGUAAUAAAGGCUGAACGCACGGCGCUUGACGCUCUUCUAACGAAAUGCAGUAUGCCGAUCGUGACGGCAACAAGUACAAAUCAUGUCGAGGGCGGUGGCGCAAGGUCGACGGAACGAGGCCGAAUAAGUGCCGACAACGGCGGAGAAGGUUUCUCACCUGCCAGUGGUUCCAGUCAAAAAACCACCGCCGAUAUGCUGGCAGAAAUUCUGUGUCGUGUUGCUGAAGUAUACGACUAUUCUGUGCAUAAGCAAAGCAGCAGCUCUUCUAGUGAUCUGAAAACGGUGACCGAUACACUGAGCGCCACAAUUCAUAUGUGGAGCACAUCGAUGCGAGAGCUGAGCCAACAGAUCGUCGAGCCAGUGCGCCAGUUAACAGAGUCAAAUCAAAAGCUGGUCGAGGAAGUGCUGCGCCUUAAGGUGUGUGGAAGCGAUCGGCUUCAAGCAACUUACCUAGUGACGUUGUUCGAGACUCUGAGGUUCUAA